AUGGGAUGAACAGAGCCAGAGGGCCCCUGCAUGAUGUGCACUCGAUUCCACCAAUCACGGCGGGCCAAACCAAACGUACGUGCUAAUGAGAUUUAUUUAUUAUCCACCUUUUGUCGGCUUUCGGUGAAUUCAGUUCAGCACUCGACACCUCUGCGAGGGAAAUAAACGGCAUGGCUGCUCGUCGCUGUCUUUAUCUCCUGGCUGUGACUCUUACGACUGCGGUUGCUGGUGACUUGCUUUACGACUCUGACGAGAAGUCCAGUGAAAUCGUGCCGGUUUUAUCUCUGACUCAUUCGAAUGUUGGAGAAAUUCAGCAAAUGUUUGGCGAAGUUGCAGAGCGAUUGGGCGAAAACGCGGAAGAAGCUUUGAGGCUGUUCCGAAUCAAGCGAGGGUCUGGCCACAGGCACAAGGGUGACAAGGGCAGUCCCUUGAUUUUCGGUCGUAGAAUGUGCUGCAACUUCCCAGCUUACCUGGCGGACAGGGAAAACUCCAAGAGCUGCCACCAAGAGUUUAUAACCCAGAAUAAAAGCAGAGGUGCAGACAGGGAAGCCAACCAGGACACUAGCAAGUGUUUCAUGGAGUGCAUUGCCAAGAAAAAGGGCUGGGCCAACGAGGACGGCACCAUCAACAAAGAGGCCGUCGUCAGUUCUAUGGGCGCCAGCAACGCAAACGAAGAGUGGCAGCCGCUGAUCAAACAGGCACAAGACAAGUGCUUUGGAGAACUGUCUGACGCAGCAGCCGCUGAGGGCGAUUCUCAGUGCCGCGUCGACUCGCAACAGUUCCUGUAUUGCGUUUUUGAGCACCACUUUUUGAACUGCCCGGCCAGCUCGUGGCGUGACAGCGAGAAGUGUCGUGCAGCAGAGGCUUUGAUUGCCGCUGCAGUGUCAAACAAGAGGGACUGAAACGCGAUCGAGCGUUGAAAUCUCCCCAACUAAUUUGCUCUCCUUCCAUAAUUCGAAUGAAAUUUAACUUGACAAUAAACAACGCAAUUAUUUACUCCUACGCACUUGUCCUUUUCUGUCAUUGAGAGCCUGUUUCAAUGCUGCGAAUAAUAGAAUAAUAAUUACUGGAAUUUGCAAAAGCAGCCAUGCAAAUCAAAUUAGCCCGUGUUCCCGUGUCUCUGCGCAAAUGCACUGACGCAUCUAGAGGUAUAAAAAGCGAAUCAAAUGCGAAUAUUUAAAUACUCGCAUCUAACCAGGCACAAAAUGAACUUCUACUCCGGCAACGUCCCGAUUUUGGCAUGCGUCCUAAUCGUUUUUCAGGUUUGCGACUGCGCCCGUGCUCCUCAGCAGCGAACCAAAAUGACGUCGACCGCAAGCACUUGUCCAGAGCCACCACCUUCUUUGGUCAUGGCCCAUAAUCACUGCAAGAAAAUGCAGGAACACGCUAUGGACACCAUGGGAA